AUGCCUCCCAGAAAGAACACAAAGCAGGCUGACUCGCCACCUCCAAUUGAUCCUUCACCUGUUCGGACAAAGUUCCCCACAGCCAGGAUAAAGCGUAUCAUGCAGGCUGAUGAGGAGGUUGGCAAGGUUGCCCAGCAGACUCCCAUUGCUGUUGGCAAGGCUCUCGAGAUGUUCAUGAUUGCUGUUGUCAGCCGAAGUGCCGAAAUCGCACGGGAGAAGAACUCCAAGCGUGUCACGGCGCAGAUGCUCAAGCAAGUCAUUGAGACAGAUGGCCAGUAUGACUUCUUGGCCGACAUUGCCGCAAAGGUUGGCGACGAAGAGAAGAGAGGCGGCCGCUCCAAGGCCGAGUCGUCAAGCGACGAGGAGAUGGAAGUUGAGACGAAGAAGAAAGGCAAGGGUGGUCGUAAGAAGAAGGCCGCUGCAUGA